CUCCAGGACCCAGCACUGUCCUCUGUCCACUGCCCUAGGCCGUUCCCCACCCCACCCCCUCUGUGAACCCCUAACUCAGGAUUCAGGACCCAGGGGCCCCUCCCUACCCCAGCGAACCUCUUCCGGACCAGGGGAGACAACCCAGAUCUCACUACCUCCAUGCGUGCUGCAGACAGGAUGGGGGCCAGAGCUGUGCCGUGCCCUCGGCUGGCACUGCUGCUGCUGGUGCUAGGGACAGCCCCGUCAGGGGUGCAGGGGGAGGAAGGGCUGGACUUCCCGGCGUACGAUGGCGUGGACCGUGUGGUCAAUGUCAACGCAAAGAACUACAAGAGCGUAUUCAAGAAGUAUGAGGUGCUGGCCCUGCUCUACCACGACCCCCCGGAGGAUGACAAGGCCUCACAAAGGCAAUUUGAAAUGGAGGAGCUGAUCCUGGAGUUAGCAGCCCAAGUCCUAGAAGACAAGGGUGUUGGCUUCGGGAUGGUGGACUCUGAAAAGGAUGCAGCUGUAGCCAAGAAACUAGGACUAACUGAAGAGGACAGCAUCUAUGUGUUCAAGGGAGAUGAAGUCAUUGAGUAUGAUGGCGAGCUUUCUGCUGACACCCUGGUGGAGUUUCUGCUUGAUGUCCUAGAGGACCCUGUGGAAUUGAUUGAGGGUGAACGCGAGCUGCAGGCUUUUGAGAACAUCGAGGACGAGAUCAAACUCAUUGGCUACUUCAAGAGCAAAGACUCAGAGCAUUACAAGGCUUUCGAGGACGCUGCGGAGGAGUUCCAUCCGUACAUCCCCUUCUUCGCCACCUUCGACAGCAAGGUGGCAAAGAAGCUGACCCUGAAGCUCAAUGAGAUUGAUUUCUAUGAAGCCUUCAUGGAGGAGCCUGUGACCAUCCCAAACAAGCCCAACAGCGAAGAGGAGAUUGUCAACUUCGUGGAGGAGCAUAAGAGAUCAACCCUGAGGAAACUGAAGCCUGAGAGUAUGUAUGAGACCUGGGAGGAUGAUCUGGAUGGAAUCCACAUCGUGGCCUUUGCGGAGGAAUCUGAUCCAGACGGCUAUGAGUUCUUAGAGACCCUCAAGGCUGUGGCCCAAGAUAACACUGAAAACCCUGAUCUCAGCAUCAUCUGGAUCGACCCUGACGACUUUCCCCUGCUGGUCCCAUACUGGGAGAAGACUUUUGAUAUCGACCUGUCAGCCCCACAAAUCGGAGUCGUCAACGUUACUGAUGCUGACAGCAUAUGGAUGGAGAUGGACGAUGAGGAGGACCUGCCUUCUGCUGAGGAGCUGGAGGACUGGCUGGAGGAUGUGCUGGAGGGUGAAAUCAACACAGAGGAUGAUGACGACGAUGAUGACGAUGACGACGACGACGACGACGAUGAUGAUGACUAAUUGCUAUGACAACUGUCUUCUUGCCCCACCUGCUCUCCUCGGGAUCCCUCCUGCCGCCCCUGAGCUCCUCCAGGAAUACUAGGUCAUUUUCUGCCACAGAACCCCAUGGGGUCUGUGUGCUGAGUGCUGAGACCCUGGUUCCCCUCAUCUGAUGAGGAAAGGAGCUACUUUUCUCUAUACAAGCACCCAGCCAUCUCCUCUGACUUCUGUUUCCUGUCCCACAAUGUCCCUGUAUCUAUUAUGUUUCUUCCAUUACUCCCUAAACUCUUCCUUGUGAUUUUCCUCUUGCCAUAUCUCUGGGCCCCACCUCUCCUCUGUUCCCUCUGCCUGUGCACUCUCUUUCCCCACUCUCUCGAACCCUGUGUCUGGGCUGUCUCCUCUCUGGCCAGGAGGAAGGGAGGGACUGUGUAUGGGGCUGUAUCUCAGCAAUCUUUUGUUAAUGUAUUUGGGUCAAACAAGAGGCCUCAAUAAAGGA